UUGUUUUCGCCGCUCAGAGCACGCUUAACCUCCGUUAGUUGAUUGAUUAAACACGUCCGAUUGUGAGCCAUAAAAGGACAUUCGCUCGAUCGAAAGCCGACAAAAGCUGGCUGAGAAGCGCAAAACAGCUGCGCUGCGCAAAGUUUGGCCACCGCAGAGCAAUAGAAAACAGAAGCAGUGCCAGAAUAAAACAAGAAUCAGACCAAAAAGGGCGCAACAACUGCAGAGAGAGAAAAGGAAGGAACGAGCAGCGCGUGAGCGAGGGAGGAGCAGGAGGGAGCGAACAAAAGGCAAGAGGAAACACAAGGAGAAACGCAAACAAUCAAAACAAGAACUUAAGCAAGAAAAGGGGCGCAAGAUGACCGACGAGUGCGUAACCAGAAACUACGGAGUUGGCAUUCUCAGCCCGAACGGAUCGGAAAAUCGGGGCAGCUUUCUUAUGGCUGAUAAUACCGAUGCCAAGGGCUGUACGCCGCAGUCUCUUGUUGUUGGUGGUGCAGCUGCAGAGAGCCCCUUGCCGGCCAACAAGUUUGUGGCUCGAAUGCCCGUGGAGCGCUAUGCCAGCGAAUACAACAUGAGUCACAAGCACCGCGGAGUAGCGCUGAUCUUCAACCACGAAUUCUUCGACAUACCCUCGCUGAAGAGCCGCACCGGAACGAAUGUCGAUGCCCAGGAGCUGAAGAAGGCCUUUGAAAACCUGGGAUUCGCGGUGUCCGUACACAAGGACUGCAAGUUGAGGGACAUCCUGAAGCACGUAGAGAAGGCCGCCGAGCUGGAUCACACGGACAACGACUGCCUUGCGGUGGCCAUACUCUCGCACGGGGAGCACGGCUACCUAUACGCCAAGGAUACGCAGUACAAGCUGGACAACAUCUGGCACUACUUCACUGCCACCUUCUGCCCCUCGCUGGCGGGCAAGCCGAAGCUGUUCUUCAUCCAAGCCUGCCAGGGCGACCGUUUGGACGGAGGGAUCACCCUGGAGAAGGGCGUUACCGAGACGGACGGGGAGUCCUCGACUAGCUACAAGAUACCAAUACACGCCGACUUUCUCUUCUCCUACUCGACCAUUCCGGGCUACUUCUCCUGGCGCAACAUCAACAACGGCUCCUGGUACAUGCAAUCGCUGAUCCGCGAGCUGAACGCCAAUGGCAAAAAGUACGACAUGCUCACCCUGCUCACAUUCGUUAACCAGCGCGUAGCCCUAGACUUUGAGUCGAACGUGCCCGCCACACCGAUGAUGGAUCGCCAGAAGCAGAUACCGUGCCUUACCUCCAUGCUGACGCGCAUACUGCGCUUCGGCGACAAGCCGAACGGGAAUAAGGCUGGCUAGGAAGAGAUCUCAUUUUGAAGAAUUUUCAACACAGGUUGUACAACCAUCCCCCGCAAUCAUUCACGUUGGAUUCCAAUUCACUUCAAGUCUAGUUUUAGCCGACGCGUGCGAUUAUCCCGAUGGAUAUUGAAGCACCCGACUCCCUUUCAUUCAUUCCCCUCCCUUUCCCACGCCCAUUUCGGCCUUAUCAUUGACGAAAUUCGUUACCCACUUAGAUGACUUCCGUACGCAUAAGCGACACCUUGCCAAUAGCAAACCCACAAAUUUGAGAUAAGAUUAUACAAUGAAGAUUUAUACAUACAUACAUACUUAUAUGUACACGCAAACAUUUAUAUUUGAUAUGAAUAAAAAUGAAUUAAAAACA